CACUUUUGUUAUAAACACGCUAAUUUGGAUACUGCCGAGAUGCCACCAGUUGUGUAGAGAAUCAAUUGGCGCCUUUAUACUUCAUUACAUCCCUAUAUUUCAUUGGAUCCUGCACUCAUUGAAUGGAGUUUUCUGAUGCUCAGCUCUAAUGACGUUUACCAAAUACACUUGUGACACACGGUGUCACACCCACAACUCCAGAAAUUCAUUUCCAAUAUCUAGAAUGAACACAAUGCAUGUAUAAUAUGAGUUCCUCGUUGUCUCAAGAUACAACCGAUAAUGUAUCUAUACCCAGCUCACAGACUGUGCCUAGCGAAGUUCCAAAUAAUGCAAGGAAUUGGGUCCAAUUUGAUGACGAAACACCACCAGAAACACCAGCACGAUUAAAACCACCAGAAAAGGUCGAAAAGCAGAAUGACAGUAACCCUGUCGUGAUGAAUCCCAAUUCUGUAGCUGUCAACGUCGAAAAGAUUCGUAAACCGGAAGAACCUAGUACAGCCGAUCAUAUCAGAAGUAACGAGUACAGCGGUGCAGUGAUAUCAACAGAAUCCGUCCAUAUAAAUCUAGACAGAUCUGGUCUCAACAGAUCAUUAUCUUCAGAAGGCCCCGAUCUCAAUUUACCCUCCGAUGUUAGAGUGACUGACCCAAAAAGUGCAUCAUUGAAAACGAUUGAUCUUAGAGAUUCGUCAAAUGGAAGAUCGAGCACCAAUAAUAUUGUGAGCACGCCAAUUGGUAAUAUCAGGCAGGGAUUUGCUAAUGGCGAUACAAUCGUCACACUUUUACCCGUCAAUACCAGAUGGCCUUGGAUUACACCUGCAAAAUUUCGGCCAGAGUUGGUGCCAGAAGAAUUGAUGGCUCAGGGUUUAACUCUGACUGUGGAAGAUUACGUGCACGUACUGGAACUCCUUGUUAACGACGUCCGAUUCAACAUGUACAAUAUUUGCUACAAAAGGAUUUUAGUAUUAUGGAUAUUCACUGCUUUUGUCGUACUAGUGGGUCUAUUAUUUUCUGGAGUAACUGGACUGACAUUGUUUGGUCUAGGAGUUAUGUGGCUGAUUCUUAAUGCUGCUGCAAUAUUCUUGUGCAUGUUUGUCAAGAUAAAGUUGAAUCAUAAUCUGGAGAAGUGCAUGGCCCAAGUAAACAAACAUUUAUUACGACACAAGAUUUUAUUGGGACUAGACGAUCGGGGCAAGAUAUCGUGCCACAAAGUCAACCUUUGUUUUAUUUAUUUUGACACCACCGAUUGUAUUAAAAAAUUGCAAGAGGUGAUCGAGCGUGAGGAACGAGAGGGCCGAAUCAUCGGCGGUGAUGAGGCAGCCGAAUCAAAACGUAGACAACAGUUACAGGAAAGGAUGGACAUCGACGACAGUGAUAUCGUUAUACAAGGCAGCACGACGACAAGAGUAUCUCGUAAGCAGGAGCGGGCGGAGCUGCUGCUGCUGAGAUACGUCUCUCGAUGGGCGCGACACUUUUCACGGCACAGACUUGACCUGGUUAUAGAUUCCCAGGAAAGAAAUAGAACUGUCAUUGGGACCUCGGUACCACCGCGACACUGCGUCUCCGCCCGCUGCCCCUGCCAGUUUAUCGAAGACCAUCUCAAAUACAAACCCAAAGCUGGAAAAAACAAUUUGCAGGUAGCAGUUGUAUCCAAUUCUUAAACAGUGCUGCAUAAAGUUUGUUUAUGGUUCAUUCGUCCGUAAGUAUUAUCGCUCAGAGGAAGCAUACUCGCACGUUUUACUUUUUUUUCAUCUAUAUUGAUGAAAUUCAAUUGCAUGAGACUAAAAUAUUGACCGCUAUUUGAAUGUUACUGACUGAAUUGUUAGUGAUUAAAAUGCUAAUAUAUUUGAUUCAAACGCAAUCGAAAAAUGGUACUGAAAAUGAGCUUCCCUGAUAGGUUUAGACUUUUGGUGGGAAAUAAGCAUGGCUGAAAAGCACUUUGAAUAUUUUUUAACCACGUCAUUGUUCGUUUGUAACGCAUCUCAAUUUUUUAAGUCUUGUCUUCAGAUUAUAACUGAAUCAAAUUGUAAAUUAUCAUUCUACUUUUUCAGGAUACCCACCUGGUUUCGGGUGGUGUGCUUAUUUUAGAAAUCCCCACAUGACUAUUGGCGAAUUACCAGAUUUGAAUUAUCACUAGUGAUAAUUUUGACAGAAAGUAAUAAUUACGAUACUCAUUCGAUUAUCUUGAACGAUUAGCAACAAUUAAAGCUACUGCGCUACUGUUGUUAAUUUUUUAAUAAUUUGGCAUCGUGUCAAAAUCAGCGCGCUAAUUCCUCUCCAGACUUCAGCUCAUCCGAUCUCAAUCUGGCCUAAGUAGACAAAAUCAACCGAAGCUUCGGAUUCCGCAUUAAGCGAAUCGCUGGGACAGAGAUUUGGAUACUACAUCAAGCAAAUCGACAACAAAGGAUGGUGCGACGAAUUGAGUCGACGAUAUUUUUGGUAAAGUUUAUCCGAACGAUUAAACGUUAUCAGAGUCGAUCAUAGCGUUAAUAAGUAAUAUGAACAAUUUUUAUGCACCAUACAAUGUGCCUUCGAUGAGAAAUCAGGAUAAUGAUAUUCUUGAGAGUAUAAAUGUUUAGCUUUUGCAAAGUUCAAAUUUGGAUCACGUUUACAAUUAGAUUUAACCAAAUAAUGGAAAAAUUGGCAGCUAGAAAACGCAGGAUCAUUCUUAAAACGGAGCUGGUAAGCCGAGUUGUAUGCGCAAAUUUAGAGAGCUACACUUAAUGUAAUUUUGUUUGCCUUUAAUCCAUGAAAUUGGUUCGAAAGUCCAUACCUGCGCUUGGAUCGAAACUGCGAUCAAAAUCACCCCAACUGGGAAGUGGAACUAAAAUGUUCCUCUUGAUUAUUUUGCGGAAAAACUUAUUUUUGGUAAUAUAUUCGUAUUGAUUUCUCAUUUUAACUUUUAAGCUUUUGCAUGCAAUGUCUGUAGAGUCUAUUGAUCCCACAUAUCUGGAAUGUACAAAACAUAUGAUAUCGUAUCUUUGUAGUUGUCGAAUUUCUUGUCUUCCGUGAUGAAGGUAUCGAAGAUUGAGAUACUAUGGUAUCUGCUUACGACGGUAAAAUAUAAGCAGAAUACGCGAAAAACGGAAGUAAGGAAGUAUCUUCAUUGUCGAUCAUAUGAAUUCCCAAAAAGCUAUCCGAAUUGUUGGAAAUAUCAGAUAGAGUUCGCUGAUUUAAAUAUUAAAUAUAGUGAAUUGUAAGAAUUGACUGUAAUACGUGUUAACGCAGUGCCUUAAGCUUCUCUUAAUAAGGAAUAUAUAAAGACACUUCAACAGAAUGUACGGAGGGAUAGAACUGCCGAAUCUAGAUAGAAAAAAAUCAUUGAUUAAAAGGUGAUACAUCGAUCGCGGUUGACUGUGGCAACAGCAGUUCUUUUCCUAGAAUCUCUCGAAAUUAGCAAUAAUAGUUAAUUCUGAAAUUUAUAUGAUCUGAUUAUGGCAGCAGAUUUGUUGACGCUAGUAUAAGAAAUCAUGCCAUAUCGAGUAAAACGUGCCUUUUGUAAAUUGGAUGAUCGAACGCUUCUGAACUUGUAGCAUCCUCGAUUUAGCUUAUCAGUCGAUCAAGCACGUUAUGAAAAUGAAGGAAGUCGUCUGAAUAUUACAAAAAAUGUAUACAGCGACUAAUUAGAUCGUAUCUUCUAUAAUUUAUAUAUGUACAUCCUUAGCAUUGAUACUUCUUUCACAGAAUUUUGGUGUGUGUUACAUUUUUCAAACGGGAUUUUUUAACAGCACAAAUAUAAUAUUUUAGAAUUAGAAAUCACGCACUGCACACAUUGUGUAAUGUACCGUAAUACUUCGACGAUUACCAUUUAGAAGAUUCAAGCCAAAUCGUAUUAUUUGUAAUUUUGGGCCAAGUAUUUUGAAUGUAUUUAUAUCCAUUUAACUCCGAGUUCAAUGUGCAUAUAACAUGUAUAAGUUUGAGAGAAUAGAAUAACUGAAUAUCUUUUGUGAUCAAUUUUGAAAAGUAUUGGGCACCUUACACUUGAUUAUAGAAAAUGAAACUAGAUAUGUUUGAUAUUGUAUAAUUCGAACUUAUUCCCAAGUGAUAGGCUGUCCCUAUUUUUUUCAAAAAACAGUUGUCUGUAUUUCUACAAACAAAUUCACUGAUUUGGAGCUUUAGUUUAAAAAGUGUAUCGUAGAUCAUUACAACUGAAAUUUUUCUAGAUAGAUAUUUCAAUAAUUAUUACAUUCUACAUUUGUUUGUUGAUUAUAAUUCGUAUAUUGGAGUAUGCAUGAUAAUAAAUAUUAUCAUUGUUUUACUAGGA